AUUCUUGUAUCUUUUUGCUAUCCUCCUUUUCUUGGAGGGAGCAGGGCUAUUAAUCUCCCUCACCAAAUUACUCCAGUCUUCUGGGCAGCAGUUAAACAUCGCCCAUUUGGGGUACCAGGAGAAUACAAUUCACAUGAAAUCUUCCUUCUUUUGGAGGCUCUGUGACCAAACCACUCUUGAAGAGCCAAAGGCACCGAGACGUCUUGAUUACCUUCGAAGGGGGUGGUAAAGAAAGAAAAGGGAAGGUCUCAGAAAUACCUCUUCGCACUGGGAUAGUAGGAAAAGUCGCCGGGUAUUGCCGUUUUUCCUACCCCCCAGUGUCUGACAUUCCUUUCAAAGGAGCCCUAAAGCCUGUGGGACUAAAGAUGUGCAGCUCCGUUGCUCCCAGGCUCUGGUUUUUAACAGAUCGUCGUAUCAGGGAAGACUACCCUCAACAGGAAAUCUUGAGGGCGCUCAAAGCCAAGUGUUGUGAAGAAGACCUGGACUUUCGGGCCUUAGUGAUGGAUGAAGUGGUCUUAACCAUUGAGCAAGGAAACCUGGGUCUUAGAGUCAAUGGGGAACUCAUUACUGCUUACCCACAAGUAGUGGUGGUUCGUGUACCAACACCAUGGGUCCAAAGUGACAGUGAUAUUACAGUUCUUCGCCAUCUGGAAAAGAUGGGCUGCCGACUGAUGAACCGUCCCCAAGCCAUACUCAAUUGUGUCAACAAGUUCUGGACUUUUCAAGAACUGGCUGGCCAUGGUGUGCCUCUUCCAGAUACCUUUUCUUAUGGAGGUCAUGAAAAUUUUGCCAAAAUGAUUGAUGAAGCAGAAGUAUUGGAGUUCCCCAUGGUUGUGAAGAACACACGUGGUCACAGAGGUAAAGCUGUGUUUCUGGCGAGAGACAAGCACCAUUUGGCAGACUUGAGCCACCUAAUUCGUCACGAGGCCCCUUACCUAUUCCAAAAAUACGUCCAGGAAUCCCAUGGCAAAGAUGUACGUGUCAUCGUAGUGGGAGGCCGCGUAGUAGGAACUAUGCUGCGUUGCUCAACAGAUGGUAGAAUGCAGAGCAAUUGCUCGCUGGGUGGCAUAGGUAUGAUGUGCUCGCUGAGCGAACAAGGCAAACAGCUGGCAAUCCAGGUGUCUAACAUCUUGGGGAUGGAUGUGUGUGGUAUCGACCUCCUAAUGAAGGAUGAUGGCUCGUUCUACGUCUGUGAGGCCAAUGCAAAUGUAGGUUUCAUUGCCUUCGACAAGGCUUGCAAUCUAGACGUAGCUGGGAUCAUAGCAGACUAUGCCACUUCCCUUCUUCCCCCCGGUCGCUUGACACGACGCAUGUCCUUGCUCUCUGUGGUGUCCACGGCUAGCGAGACUAGCGAGCCAGAGCUGGGCCCUCCAGCUAGUGCCACUGUCGACAAUAUGAGUGCCAGCUCCAGCUCUGUCGACAGCGACCCUGAAACCACAGAGAGAGAGCUGCUCACCAAGCUCCCGGGGGGUAUAUUCAAUAUGAACCAGCUAAUAGCCAAUGAGAUUAAGCUCCUGGUGGAGUGAUGCCACAUGUAAAUAAAUAAGAACAACUUCCUUGUACAUUUUUUUUAAAGCAACCAACUUGUAGUGCUGUUUAUCAGAAGCAGCUUAUGGAGGUGAGGGGAAAGGUUUUAGCUUGGGGAUCAAAAUCAAAACACGCAUGUUCUGUGAAUGCUGCUUCUGCUAUUAUUAAUCUUGCAGAACAUACGUCCAGUUGAUAUUCUUACCAGCCCAUUCCCAUUUGGUAAUGCCCUCUUAAAAAUCUGCUUUUGGGGUGGGGGAUGUAAGCCCUUUUCGUUUCCAUUAGGGAUGCCACUGUGAUCUUUAAACAUAUUGCAGAGCAUGUCUGUUCAUGGGGAAGUGCGUCAGCUUGGUUUGUGCUUUCGGAAUUUGGAAAGUUUAGCUCUCCAAAAACACAUGUUAACUAAUUUAUCUGCAACCGUCCCCUCACCUCAUUGGAGCUCAGUCCUAUUGGUUACUUAAUGCCUCUUGCUUUAUGUCCCAUAGGAGUUGAAAGAAGUUAGGACAGGCAAUUUUGUUUCAUUCAAAGGUUCUAAAUAUCAGCAUUUCCAAUCUAACACCAGUAGGAUCGGUGAACUUGCAUCCCUGACAAACAGCGCAUAACGGCCUUACAAGGUCUAGCCUUUAGGCAGCUUACCAGGAUGCAACAUUUAUUAGUUCAGCAUGAGCUUUUGAAACAAACAUGUGACUUCUGCCAUUUCAGUAUUAACAGAUGGGGUUGUGUCCAAAUAUCUAUAUUUAAAACAAAAACUACUUUUCUUGGGAGAAAGGUUUAGUGUAUGUGUGGAUUUUAAAAAUAAUUUUAAAUCCUGGGGUGGGGGUGAAGAAGAUGUGUAUAAAUUUCAGUCUUGCUCUUUGAUGGCAGAAGUGGCAUGUUUUCUUUUGCACAAAAAGCAAAGAUAAACAGCAUUGUUAACUUUUGGUGUACAAAAUAAUGUUUAAUCCAAUGUGAAAAAGAAUAACACUAGUUUAAAACAAAUGUGCAUUGACUUGUAUUUGUUAGUGUUUUAGUCCUUUUUUGCAAGGUAUUUGCUAUGUUAAUAUUUCAUUUUUAAUACAUGCUCGUCCUACACUUCCUUCUCCAUGCCUGCAUCGUUAACAGUGGCCAAACUUGGAAAAAACAACCAUACUAUUUAACAUUACCACUAUUUAACAACGACAACUCGACACUUUUUUUUUUAAUCUGUUACCUAGAAAAAAUGUGGGAGGGGAUGUGGAGGAGGGUUGAAGUCGUUGCAAAUUUCAAAACUACUUUGCAGUAAACAUUAUGUGUUACUACUAUCAUUAGUAACUUUUCUUUAUAGAAGACAUUAAAAAUCUAAAGUAGCCUGGCUUCUUAAGGAUAAAUCCUGAAGAGAAACAAGCAGGUUUUGUUUUUGGGAAACAAUGCAGGAACACUUUGCCAGUACGGCUCAGCCAGAAUGGGAAAAUAUGAUUUAAGGCCACAAAUAUGUGGAUCUCAGGCCCCUAUGUAUGUGUCUGUAUUUUGCUUUGUUUCGUCAUUGGUUUUGUCUGUCCAGUUCGUCACUCUUUUUUCCAGAAUGCCUGAUGAUCUCCUCUCCCAAACCCCACCCAACCCUGAUACUUCUGGCUGUGCAUUUUCUUAUUAAAUUUGAUAAAAGAACCAAAACGGCAGCUUUGGGUCUGUUUUAAUGGCCUCAUCUUCCUCCUCCUCACCCAUUUCUCACUCAUUUAUUUUCUUUGGGGUGUAUACAGCAUUGAAAUUAUAGAGAAAUAAACUCUACUAGCUUAAAAACAACAACAACCAAGAAUAUCACAAAGUAAAAUGUUUGUAACGGAAAGAUGGUUUACUGAAAGUUUUUGGAGGGUGGGCAGCCUGUGUGUGCAACGCUGCUUUUAUCUGGAUGCUUCAAAGGAGCAUAUCCCCUCUGCCCUCCGAGGCUCUGAGUUUCAUCCCUCUGGCCCGUCCUAACCACUUGGCUGUCUUACCUUCAUUCGGAUCUUAAAUACACACAACUUGUGGAGUCUGCGCAGAGACGUCAGGAGGCAAUAAACAGAAAAGUGUUAACCUGCUUUCAUGAAGGUUUGGAUCAUGACUGUUUGUACAGGUCUUUUUUUAAAAAACGAAUGUAAUAAUGCCCCUUUUGGUAGAAUUAAAUAUUAUUAUUAGUAGUAGUAGUAUCAUCAUCAUCAAGUGGAAAGUUAUCUGCUGGCAUUAGCUGAUGAAGCAAAAAAGCAAGCUUUUAGAGUGCCCAGGUUGGAAUGAAAGAUGCAAGGGGUUUCAUUUUAAAACAAAACACCCAAAG